AUGAAGAUCUGGUCCUCGCAUCUGACCCUGGCUGGCGUUGCCGUAUCCUCGUCUGCGACGUACAACCCGUCGUACAGUCCAUCGUACAGUCCGCCAUACAACACGUCGUGCAGCAACUCGUAUGACCCCGACUCCGUCAACGCGUCCAUCCCCAGCUACAUCGACCCCGUUCUUCAAUCCGUAGCCGCCGAUCCUCCUACGAGUGUGUCGAUCGCCUCGGCGAGCUUCACCAACGGCAUUCGCACGCUCCCCGGUGCCGUGUUCAACUUUACAGAGCUAGUAGGCACGACCACGGGGAACUUGACAGUACUCAAGAUCGACUUCGAGUUUCCCAUCAAUCUAACCUCAACAAACAACAUCUUUGCGUAUCAUGUUCACGAGUUCCCGAUCUCUGCCGGUGACGAUACUUGUCUGAGCGCUGGAGGACACUUCGAUCCUUUCCUGGCAAAUGGCACUGAGGGCCUAGUCAACUCGACGCUAUCGCCGGGCCUGUACCACCCCUCACAAGGUAACCUCUCCACCUUCCAGCUUGGAGACCUUGCGGGAAAAUACGGUGUCUUAACCACCGUGGACGGCACUGUUCCGCCGCGCACGAUCUACGACCACUACCUCCGUUUGACGGGAAACUUUUCCGUCGUUGGCCGCUCAGUGGUUGUACACGAUGCACCCACUGACAUCCGCCUCGCGUGCGGCAACAUCACCUUACACCCUCUUGAUUAA